AUGGGUGACAGCACGUCCUUCAAGACCAUCGACCACGUUACCAGCUACCCAAUCGUCAGCGACAGCAUUGACGCCGUGAGGGCCAACCCAUACGGCAAGAAGGCACUCGAGAUCGGAGACAGCGCUGUCCAGAACGUCCUCAACACGGCCGGGCCCAUACUCCGCAAGCCUUACAGCGUCGCCGAGCCAUAUGUCAAGAAGGCAGAUGAGCUUGCGGUGUCUGGUCUCCAGCAGGUCGACGAGCGCAUCCCACUGCUCAAGGAGGACACACAGACUGUGAUCGACACGGGCAAGAGCUACGCUUUCUUUCCUUAUGCUUAUGCCAACGAUGUAUACUCUGAUGAGUAUCGCAAAGUUUCCCGUAAUCGCAACGGCAGCGAGAAUUUCGUAACUCUCAUCACCGCAAUCAUCAGCUCUUGUUUCCGCAUUAUGUUUGAGAUCUCCCACGCGGCUAAGGACUGGGUGCUCCCCAAAGCCAAGGAGAUCCAGAAAAAGAGUCCCGACUACCUACGCCAGGCCCAGGACACUGCCCAACAGUACAAGCAGAUUGGUCAGGAGAAGGUGAAUGAGUACACCAAGGUUGGCCAGCAAAAGGCCGAGGAGUUUAAGUCCCAGGCUCAGCAGACCGCCGACAACACCAGUCGCCAAACCCAGCAGACCGCCGAUCAAGCUCAGAGUAAGGCUCAGCAGACCGCAGACCAGGCGAAGCACCAGGCUCAUCAGACCAAGGAGGAUGCCAAGGCCAAGACAGGCUCGAAGUAG